AUGGAGUUACCGUUCCAGUGGGCUGACGGGAAGUUCAUCUCUCCAUUUGUUGCUAGCAGUACAGACGCGUUGGAGGUGCUUGCGGCGUGGGUGAAGGACUCGCUGCUGUUCCAACUACGCCGCGGCGGGUCGCUUGGGCUUACAGACCUCGGCUGCGGUGACGGAGCCGCACUGCUGUUGCUGAGUGCCGCAUUGCUGCGCACGUCGCGAGGUACCAGUGACUACGCGGACGUGCCCCCCCCCCUGCAAUUGACGCUCGUUGGGUUGGACCUUGACGGGGGGCUUGUUCUUACGGCGAGGCGCCGCGCAGCUGCGAUGGCUGCGCCGCCGCCACACCGUCUCCACUGCACCUUUGAGACUGCCGAUGUGCGUCACCUGGAGGUGGAGCGGUACUUUCCUUGCUCUGAGGCUGGAGAGGCCACGUGUUGUUUUUGUACGUGCUGCCAGAAGGGUUAG